AUGCCAGAUUCGUUCCCGUUACCCCGACUGGACGACUGUAUCGACACUAUUGGUGCUGCUAAAAGAGGUCUGCUGGACGGAGAAAGAAGCUCUGGGGCUGAACAUUGUCCUGAAAGAAGAGAAGGGGGAUAUUACAGUGAAAGAAGAGAACAUUUUCGAGUGAAAGAUGAAGAGGGGAUAGAGGCUGUCACAGUGGAAGAAGAGGAGGGGAUAGAGGCUGUCACAGUGGAAGAAGAGGAGGGGAUAGAGGCUGUCACAGUGGAAGAAGAGGAGGGGAUAGAGGCUGUCACAGUGGAAGAAGAGGAGGGGAUAGAGGCUGUCACAGUGGAAGAAGAGGAGGGGAUAGAGGCUGUCACAGUGGAAGAAGAGGAGGGGAUAGAGGCUGUCUCAGUGGAAGAAGCUUUCAGAAUGAAAGAGGAGGAAGAGGCCAUCAGUAUCACAUUGAAAGAAGAGAAGGAUGUUACAGUGAAAGAAGAGACAGAACAUUUUAGAGUGAAAGAUGAAGAGGGGAUAGAGGCUGUCACAGUGGAAGAAGAGGAAGUAGAAGUUUUCAGAAUGAAAAGGGAGGAAGGGGAGGCUGUCACCUUGAAAGAAGAAGAGGAUGUUUUGGGAGAUGAAGGAGAGGAAGACGAGACUGAAGAUCUGAUUAACACCAGAGAGAGACCAGACUCUCACUCUGACAGCGGAAAGAGUCCUUCGGGGGGACCAGACCCAGUGACACCCAAACCAGCGAGACAACACCACUGCUCCCAAUGUGAAAAGAUAUUUUCCCUAUCAUGGGCCCUAAAAAGGCAUGAGAGGACACACACAGGAGAAAGGCCUUUCCAAUGUUCCCAGUGUGGAAAGAGUUUUACUUUGUUAGGAAACCUCAGGGAGCAUAAGAGAAUACACUCUGGAGAGAAACCUUACCACUGUUCCCAGUGUGGAAAGAGUUUCGCCUGGUUAGGGAGCCUGAAGCAGCAUGAGAGGAUACACACAGGGGAAAAGCCUUUCCAAUGUUCCCAGUGUGGAAAGCGUUUUACCCAGUUAGGGACCCUAAAAGAGCACGAGACAACACACGCACAAGAAAAGCUCUACCAAUGCUCCCUGUGUGGAAAGAGUUUUAUAAAUUUUACACAUCUGAAUAAGCAUGAAAGUAUACAUACACAGGAGGAGAAGACAUACCACUGCUCUCAGUGUGGAAAGACAUUUUCCCAGUCAGAGGACCUGAAAACACAUGAGAGAAUAGAGAGGCUGUGUUCUGACUUAAGUUUUUGACCUGAGAAUUUAGGUUUUCGUUUAUGCCAAAUGAAAUCAUAUUGUUAACAUGAAAUCAUUAACAAAAUAGACCUACUCUUUUCAAGUUUUCAUCUGGAGAUGAUAAAUACUAUAAAUGAUAAAUACUAUACUAUAAAUACUAUAUACUAUACUAACCUUCAUCCAUUGCAUACGAGUAUAAACCCUCUACUAUUGUUCAUUAUAUUUGGGGGAUAUUGCUAAAUGUUAAUUAUUAUAUAGAUGAAUGGAGUUUUGCAUUUCUUGAUUCUAACCUUAAACCUCUGGGAUUUGAUGUGAUCUGGCUUUUCGCUAAAUGAAUUUGAUUGAAUACA